CGGCGCGGCGGAGUUCCGGGCGGUGCGGCGGCGGCGGCGGAGUUCCGGGCGGUGCGGGGUUCCGGGCGGCUCGGUCCCUUCCCGCCUCCCUUCCCCCCCUUCCCCUCCCCCCCCCCCCGGUCCUCCCCCCGCACCGGGAGCGCGGCCGCGGCGGUCAGGGCCGGGAGCGGAGGGCCAUGGAGCCGCGCACAGGCUGACCCCAGGCUGCCCUGAGCCCAGCUGCCAGCAGGGGUCCAUGAGCUCAGCUGCUCGGCUAUGGACAUCGUCCUCUCCGACUUCGUGCGCUCCACGGGGGCAGAGCCAGGGCUGGCCAGAGACCUGCUGGAGGGCAAGAACUGGGACCUGAGUGCAGCCCUGAGUGACUUCGAGCAGCUGAGGCAGGUCCAUGCUGGGAACCUUCCUCCUUCCUUCAACGAGGGAAGAGGCUGCAGAGGCCCUGAGAAGGAGGCAGCUCGGCCAGGGAGGCCUCCCCUGCAGCGCCAGGAUGACCUCGUGCAAGAGAAGCGUCUGUCCCGGGGCAUCUCCCACGCCAGCUCCACCAUCGUGUCCCUGGCUCGCUCCCACGUCUCCAGCGAGGGCAGCAGCGAGCACCUGCUGGAGAUGCCAAUCUGCACCUUCCAGCUGCCAGACCUCAGCGCCUACACCGAGGACUUCCGCAGCUUCAUCGAGCGCGACCUGAUCGAGCAGUCCAUGCUGGUGGCCCUGGAGCAGGCAGGUCGGCUCAACUGGUGGGUGAACGUCGAGCCCAGCUGCCAGCGCCUGCUCCCCCUGGCGACCACCGGCGAUGGGAACUGCCUGCUGCAUGCUGCCUCCCUGGGCAUGUGGGGGUUCCACGACAGGGACCUGAUGCUCCGCAAGUCCCUGCACGCCCUGAUGGACAGAGGCGCCGAGAGGGAGGCCCUGAGGCGCCGCUGGCGCUGGCAGCAGACACAGCAGAACAAAGAGUCUGGUCUGGUUUACACCGAGGAGGAGUGGCAGAAGGAGUGGAAUGAGCUGAUCAAGCUGGCAUCCAGCGAGCCUCGGGUCCACUACGGCACCAACGGCCCCGGCUGCGGCGGCGUGGAGAGCUCCGAGGAGCCUGUGUACGAGAGCCUGGAGGAGUUCCACGUCUUUGUCCUGGCCCAUGUGCUGAAGAGACCUAUUGUGGUGGUGGCAGACACCAUGCUGAGGGACUCAGGGGGAGAAGCUUUUGCCCCCAUUCCCUUUGGAGGCAUCUACCUGCCCUUGGAGGUCCCAGCCAGCAAGUGCCAUCGAUCUCCACUGGUCCUGGCCUAUGACCAAGCUCAUUUCUCUGCCCUGGUAUCCAUGGAGCAGAAGGAGCCCAUGAAAGAGCAAGCUGUCAUCCCCCUGACUGACUCCGAGCACAAGCUGCUCCCUGUGCACUUCGCCGUGGACCCCGGCAGGGACUGGCAGUGGGGGAAGGACGACAACGACAACGUCAAACUGGCCAGUGUGACACUGUCACUGGAGGCCAAGCUGCAGCUGCUGCACACCUACAUGAGUGUCAAGUGGAUCACCCUGCCCUGUGACAUGCAGGCUCCUUUGGCCCAGCCAGAGUCCCCCACAGCCUCUGCAGGGGAUGAGGUUCGCUCAGCUGCAGAGUCAGGGGAGUCAGACAAGGAGUCUGUGUGCAGCAGCUCCGCCAGCAACGGCGGCGCCAGAGCCUGCAGGGAGAAGGAGAAAGCCAAGAAGGAGAGGGAGAAGGAGAAGGAGAAGAAGAGAGCAGACUCAGUGGCCAACAAGCUGGGCAGCUUUGGCAAGAGCCUGGGCAGCAAGCUGAAGAAGAACAUGGGUGGCCUGAUGCACCCCAAAGGCAGCCGCGGGGCGCUGAGCAACGGGCAGCAGGGAGACAGCCUGGAGAAGAAGAAGCUGAAAGGCUCCACCAAAGGCAGGAAAGGUAGCAAAGAAGAAGCCCCCCAAGGGGAUCUGUCCCCCCUGGCAGACAGGAGCAGUUGUCAGGUCAAAGGAGGCCUGGAGAAGCCUUCAGACCCUUCCAAGUACAGCAACGACGUGAGGCUGAGCCUCAGCAUCCUGCGGGCGGCCAUGCAGGGCGAGCGCAAGUUCAUCUUUGCUGGGCACCUGAAGACCAGCACCAGGCACCAGUACCAGGAGGAGAUGAUCCAGAGGUACCUCCUGGAUGCUGAGGAACGUUUCCUGGCCGAGCAGAAGCAGAAGGAGGCCGAGAAGAAGGCUCUGAACAACCUCACUCCAGCCAAGAGAGCGGAGCUGGAGAGCGGCGCCCACAAGGCUGAGGAGGGGAUGGGCACUGCCACCUACCCUCAGCCUGCUCCUGCCUACAGCCUCCAGAGCCCGGAGCUGGCCUUAGGGGCCAAGAUCCCAGCUUUUCCCUCGGGAUAUUCUGGAGUUUUCACCUUUCCCAGACCCUCCUUGGGGGGCGGUGUGGAAGGAUCCCAUCCCCAAGGCUACCCCGAGAGCCGGCGGCAGGUGGCCGGGGGUGGUGCCUGCAGCAGCCUCCCUCCCUAUGCCACCUUGCCCAGGCACUGCGGGCAGGCACGGCCCAACCCCUGCCAGCCCAACCCCUCCCAGCAGCUGGCAAGGCUCUCCCCCACGGACAUGGACACCCAUCCCCCCUUCCCUCUGGAAUGCCAGGCAGCCGCUCGCCUCCCGCCGCCGCCGCAUCCCAGCAACGGCUUCAGGGAUCCCCUGGGGGAGCAGGAAGGGCUCGGGGGGACCCCAGAACGGAGCAAAGCUCGACCCCCCUGCAGCGUUCAGCAGCCCAAAUGCAAGCAGCCCAACUGCAGCUUCUAUGGGCACCCUGAGACUGGCAACUUCUGCUCCUGCUGCUACCGGGAGGAGCUGAAGCGCAAGGAGCGGGAGGCUCUGGUGCACAGGUUCUGAGCUCCUGGGGGGGGGGGGGGGGGUGGGGGAGCUCUGUUUGUGCCCCCCCCCAAGCCCCCUACUCCUCCAGCUUGGCACCUCCCAAAGCCAAAAGCAAGUGGGAAUGCAGUGCUGGAGCAGAGCUGCUUUGUGCUCUGCAGCCUCCUGCAGCCAGCUCCUCCGCG